CUACAUACUAUCAUACAAUUACCGUAUCUGUUCCGUUUCGGUUUCUUCAAAUUCAAAAUCAGAAUGUGGAUCUUUUUCGUCAACACUGCAAUCCUGUACGAAGGGUAUCGUACCGUGCGUSCCGUAGAGUACGGGUACUCGCACGUAUKCCAGGGCACGAAUUCGUACGUACUCGUAUUCUCUCCGACAACUCCGAAACAUACCGAUCGAGAGAGAGCAACCAAGAGGAAGACACUCAUGGUAUUGAUCCGAUAAGAUCAAACGAACAAGCAGUCGAACAAGCAAAGAGCAAGCUCUUGUAACCGAGACGAGAAACAAAAACGAACAAACGGAGAAACAAACAACCCAGGAAGAAGAACAAAACAAAACACAAUCACCGUAGAACACAAAAAAACUCCCCGCUCACUACAAUGAUGCAAAUGCCCGUGGCGGCGGUGAUGGCGACGGUGCUUGUCCUGCUGGCGUCUUCCGACCCGUCCGCGAUCCUGCGCACCGACGCCUUUGGAACGGGCCGACCGGUGCAAAGACACAGACACAGGCACGAGACGAACCGCCUCCCCGCAACCCACGCCAGCACCGCUGGCGGGAACCCCCGGUGCCGGGGGGUCCCGGGAACAAAAGCACUCGCCCAAUCCUCCACCGCGCUCGGGGCCGGCCUCUUUGGCGGGAUCUUUGGGGGCGGGGGCGGGGGCAGCGCCCCCACCGGCGGCGACGAGCACGGCAACGGCGCGGUCCUGGCGGAGUACGGGGUCGGGCUGCCCGGCGGGGACAACGCCCUCUUGCAGCAAAAGCUCGAGAGCCUCUCCUCCUUUGUCACCAAGGAGUGGGCGGGCCUCUUUGCCAGCGGGGGCAUCACGCUGACGACCCCGGUCAAGGUCUCGAGGAGCGGCGGCCCUGCCGGGGAAGGGGGGGCCGUUUGCCGGCUKGUCUUUGAGAAGGUCGACACCGGGUACGGGGACAAGGACAAAGACGACGGGAACGAGAACGAGAACACCACCAAGAACGAGAAAAAGGAGCAAGCCAAGCAGGGAGGGGUCGAGGUAUCGGUCCUGCCGCCCGGAGAGGGAAGGACCACCGCAACCGUGAGGGUGACCCGGUGCGAGAUGGACGGCAACACGAUGGUCAAGGAAAUGAGCGAGGAACGGAUCCUCCGGGAGCUCCGGGACGCGAUCGCGGUCUGGGAGAAGGAAAGCGCGCUCUAGCAGCACAGCGAGAAAGCAGAGGGGCAGCGCACGAAACAAUGCUGGUGGCAAACGAUCGAGUGGUCUUGCGUUGCUUCGUGUUGCUUUGUGUUAUGGUGUGGUGUGGUGUGUUGCGUUGUGUUGUGUUGUGUUGUGUUGUGCCGUGAGCAAGGAACGGAUCCGAUCGGAUCGGAUCUCGUGGCAUUGCAUGUGCUGCUAGCAAUGGGAUUGGCAUCAAGAGACGAGAAGAAACAACGAAGAAGGAAAGGCAUGGUCUGCUUUGCCGAUGCACCGUGAGAACGCCGUCUCGGCCCUUGGAAAUUGCUAGUGGUUCGGUAUCUCUCUCGAACUGGAAUCGAACACUAGGAAACCACAAGCAACGUCUCGGUACAGUAGCAGGCACCAUACCCUCUAUGCGUUGCCGGAACUUGUUUCAUCGGAACCGCAUCUCGACAGAAUCAUGCUUCAAAUCAAUAAUAAUAGUAAUACUUGUAG